CAGCCCAGCCCGUCACUCGGCUAUCCUCAAGGUGACACCAACGCAAGCCUACCCUCACCACUCUCAAACAACAGUCGACAGGCGGCGGCCGUUCCCCAUUCCCUCGCCGCCGGCCGCCCCGCCGCCAUGCUCCGCCUCCGCAGCUCCAUCCUCGCCCACCUCCUCUUGUCUCCAGCCACCUCUCCUCCGCUAUCCCCUCUCCACCGCCUCCUCUCCGCCGCAGCGCCAGCCAUCUCCACCCCGACCACCGGCUUCGCCGUGGAGGAGUACCUCGUCUCCACCUGCGGCCUCACCCGAGCCCAGGCACUCAAGGCCUCCGCCAAGCUCUCCCACCUCAGGUCCCCCGCCAAGCCCGACGCCGUCCUCGCUUUCCUCGCCGGGAUCGGCCUCUCCGCCGGCGAUGUCGCCGCCCUCGUCGCCAAGGACCCGCUGUUCCUCUGCGCCAGCGUGGAGAGAACACUGGCGCCCGUCACCGCGGGGCUCUCCGGCCUCGGCUUAUCACGAUCUGACAUCUCGCGCCUCGUCUCGGUUACUGCCGGCCUCUUCCGGCAUAGAUCCAUCGUCUCCAACGUACAGUACUGUCUGCCCCUCCUCGGGUCCUUCGAGAACCUCUUACACGCGGUCAGGCAUGGCUCCAGCCUUGUCGGAUCUGAUCUCGAGCGGGUGGUCAAGCCCAAUGUCGCUCUCCUGCAAGAGAGUGGGCUAGGUGUUUGUGAUAUUGCCAAGCUGUGCCUCAAUAGGCCACGACUGCUCAGCCGCAACCUAGAGCGCGUCCAGGCGGCGUUGGCGUCCGCCGAAGCACUCGGUGUACCCCGUGGAUCCGGGAUGUUCAGGUAUGCGAUAGAAGCUGUUGCAUCCUUCACCGAGGAGAAGAUCACUGCCAGAGUGGACUACUUGAAGAAGACAUUCAGGUGGUCGGAUGCCGACGUGAGCAUUGCUGUGUGUAAGAAUCCGUAUUUGAUCGUAAAAUCAAAGGAAUCACUGCAGUGCAGGUCUGAAUUCCUCAUCUCUGAGGUGGGGUUGGAACCGGCCUACCUCGCUCAACGUCCGGCAAUGGUCUGUUACAGCCUAGAGGGCCGGAUGAGACCCCGGUACCACGUUGUAAAGUUUCUCAAGGAAAAUGGAUUGCUCAAGCGCGACCCGAGCUACUAUACUGUUUUCAAGGAGAGCGAGAAGUAUUUCGUGGAUAAGUUCAUAUGCCCUCACAAGGAAGCUGCACCACACCUUGCAGAAGAUUAUGCCGCCGCUUGCGGAGGGGAAGUGCCCGCUAGAUUCAGAUUUACAUGAACCAACAACGGGCUGUGAGAAGCGGUAAUGCUGGUAAUUUCUGAUUCAGUGUUAUUUGCCAAACUGAAUGUUUGUUGUCUGAUGCAUGUUAUUUAGUAUUGGUAAUCCUGGGUGAAACUGGUAAUUUGAUUAUGUCUCACUGAAUGAUGGUUACAUAUCGAUAAAGCGUGUAUCUGCACGCUCUAUCUCUAUGUUCUCAAUGGUCAUUGCAGUUUUCAAUGCAAUCCUCAAUCUAUCUUUUCAUCGAAAAA